UUCUACGUUCUUUUUUCGUUUUUUUUUUUUGGUAUUAAUUCUCCAUGUUAAACGAUGCUUCUCAUCAUUACACGUUGGAUUAAGAUUAGGAUAGAGGAUAACCUGCAUCAGUGAAUCUUUCAAAUAACAUUUGGUUAUUGCUGAGUGUCAAAAGAUGUUCAAAGGAUUUAUUUUAUUAACGACUAUUUUACCAUUAGCAUAUGGUAUAUGGUGGGCUAAAGGAACACCGUAUUAUGGAAAUUGUGAUUCGCAUGCCGAGUGCCCUAAUGAAACUGCCUGUUUGAGUCCAGGCUUUGGCAGCGCUGAUGAGUCGGCACAGAAGAAAUGUUACCGAUGCUUAUGCAUGGAACAGGAACAGUGUUACUUCAAAAGUAGAAGGUUUACUGCCUGUAAUUGUACAAAUUCCGGGUUUACAGGAUGUCACUGCCAAAGAAACAUUGACGACUGUCAGCCAAAUCCAUGCCAAAAUGAUGGCACGUGUACAGAUGGCAUCAACAACUACACAUGCACGUGUCCAGAAGGAUACUAUGGUCGUAAUUGUGAAAGUGUGUUAGUGGAAACAUGCGAAGGCGAUUGGCAGUUGUUUCAAAGUAGCUGCUAUUGGCGCAGUUCAAGUACUCUUACUUGGACAGC